AUUAGAAGUACAAUUUGAACGAGUCGCGUUAGAUUUUUCAAUUCAGGGAAGAAAUAAAAAAAAAUCUUAUUUAUUAACUUUGUAAUCUAUAAAGACUUGAGAGUAGAGCAGAAUCUUCAAACAAAUUGUAUCAGCCUAUUCUAUAGAUUUUCCACCGGGAGAAUGGGAGAAGUGAAGGUGAUAGGGUCAUCAGGAAGUGUAUUUUGCACCAGAGUGGAAUGGGCUUUGAAGCUCAAGGGAGUUGCCUAUGAAUACAUACAAGAAAAUUUAUUGAACAAGAGUGAGUUGCUUAUCAACUCCAACCCUGUUAACAAGAAGGUCCCCGUGCUACUACACGAUGACAAACCCAUCGUUGAAUCACUUGUAAUCCUUGAAUACAUCGAUGAAACGUGGAAAGGAUACUCUCUGUUGCCUCAGGAUCCUCAUGAACGAGCUACAGGACGUUUCUGGGCAAAAUUUGUUGAUGAGACGUGUGUCAUAGGAUCAUGGCAAGCAAUGCAAGCUGAAGGAGAGGCAAAAGCAAAAGCUAUAGAGUCAGUACAGGAACUGUUUGCUGUGAUCGAGAAGCAGAUUCAGGGGAAGAAGUUUUUUGGCGGGGAGCAGAUAGGCUACCUGGAUCUAGUGAUGGGUUGGAAAUGUCAUUGGCUCAGUGCCAUGGAGGAAGUAGGACAGAUGAAGCUACUUGAUCAAGAAAAGUUCCCUUCACUCCAUCAAUGGGCCAAAAACUUCAAACAGAAUCCUAUUAUACACGAAAUAAUGCCACCACAAGAGAACCUAGUCAACUACUUCCAAGGUGGUUUAAACUACUUGCGUUCCCUAGCAACAAACAAAGGAUGAGUGUGAUUUUAAGGAUGAGUGUGAUUUUAUAAUUGUUAAAGUGUUGGAGUGAUGUGUGAGUGAUUGAGUGUGCAACUCCUGCUAUUAUUUGUCUAUUGUUACCCCUUCUUUUCACAGGUUCGUAAGGAUAAUCGAUCUUUAUUAUGAUGGUUUUAUAUUGAAGUUACUCUGAGACCUUUUGCAAA